UCCCCUGACAGUUCCCACAAUGUUUAAAAAGCACAAGUCCCUGGAACGCAAGAGGGAAUUAUUAUCCCAGGGACUUCCACAGUCCACAAUGAAGAACAAUACAAGAAAUUUCCACUCUCUGUCACAACUUGUGCUCUCAGCAGGCCAGCUGAAAACAAGUCGAACAGUCAAACUUUCCAAAACAACUCACUUCGAGAUUGAAAUUCUGGAUGCUCACACAAGAAAACAGAUAUGUAUUGUGGAUAAGGUAACUCAAACUUCAACUAUUCAUGAUGUCAAACAAAAGUUUCACAAAGCAUGUCCAAAGUGGUACCCUUCCAGAGUUGGCCUACAACUAGAAUAUGGUGGCCCUUUUUUGAAAGACUACAUCACUGUUCAAAGUGUUGCAGCUUCGUCAAUUAUCACACUCUAUUUUACAGACUUAGGUCGACAAGUCAGUUGGACCACAGUCUUUUUGGCCGAGUUCUCAGGACCUCUACUAAUAUACCUUCUUUUCUACUUGAGGAGCUCAUACAUAUAUGAUGUGAAGGAGAGCUCUCGGCGGCCUCGUCACCCUGUGGUACACUUGGCUUGCUUCUGCCAUUGCAUCCACUACAUCUGACACCUUCUGGAAACUUUAUUUGUCCAUAAAGUUUCUUCAGGACACAGUCCUACGAAAAACUUGAUAAAGGGAUGUGCAUUUUAUUGGGGAUUCACUUCUUGGAUUGCAUAUUAUAUUAAUCACCCAAGAUAUACACCACCUUCAUUUGGAAACAGACAAAUAACAAUAUCUGCUAUUAGCUUUCUGAUUUGUGAAGCUGGAAAUCAUUUCAUCAAUACAGUGUUGGCUCAUCCCAAUCACACAGGGAGCAAUGCCUGUUUUCCAAGUGCAAAUUAUAACCCCUUUACAUGGUUAUUUUUCCUGGUUUCCUGUCCCAACUACACCUAUGAGAUUGGAUCCUGGAUUAGUUUCACAGUCAUGACACAAACGCUUCCAGUUGGUAUUUUUACAAUUUUAAUGAGCAUCCAGAUGUCUAUGUGGGCACGAAAGAAGCAUAAGAUAUAUCAGAAGAAAUUCAACUCAUAUGUGCAUAGGAAAUCAGCAAUAAUUCCAUUCAUAUUAUAAGAAAAUGUAGCUAUUCUCAUCUGAGCAAGAAAGGCAACACAGGAAUUAAAUAAUAAAGGUUUAGGAAAAGAUGACCAGCUAUUAUGAUACAACCAUUGAUUGCAACAAUAUUUUUAAUGAAAGAAAAUAUUGAGGGUAUUUAGCUAAAUUUACAUUAUGAACUGGAGUAAUCAACAGGAGGAGUUAAACUAGGCAUGACGAGUCAUGCUGAAUAAAAGCACACUUAAACUUGAACCAGGAGGUCUGCCAUGAGUGUGAAAUCAUACUAGAUUAUGAUGGAGAGCCCAUCUUACACUUAAAAAUGAGAGGAUGAAAAGCAGAAAUUAUCAAUAUAAAGAUUAAAAAUAGCAUUGAAUUAUUUGAAAGAGCUUGAUCCUAAAAUAAAUAGUCAUAUUGCAUGAAUAUUUCAUAGCACUAUUUCAUAAGGUAAUUGAAUUAUCUGAUUUCUGGUCUGGUGAGCUGGCUCAGUGCUUAAGAGCUUUUUUUCUUUCUUCUGAGAACUUUCCAUAUUGUAUUUAAGCCUUAGGAAUCUCCUUUAUUAUUCCCUUGGACUUUGCGGCAUUUUUUUUUUUUUGGUUGGUAUUUUUCUAGUUUUACAUUGAUAUACAAUUAAACACUUUAAUAGGUGAUUAUAAUUGUUACUUGAGAAAUGUCAUCUUUAAAUUAGGUGUAUAUUGUGUGACACUCAAAAGAGCAACGUAAAUACCAUCACUUCCCUGAAGGAAACUGCAGACCCCAGACUACAAUAAAAUUAACAGUUUGUGUUCCUACAUCCAAAUUUAUUUUUUUUUGAAAAGGUAUACUAAAACUUGAUAAAUACAUCUUGGUUUUAAUAAUGAAAAAAAUGCUACGGGUCACAUAAAUACAAAGAAUUUAAGGUUACUAAUGAAAACCAAUUAAAUGCAUGCAAUUCAAACAAAACUAAGUUUACCCCAUUAACCAUGGUUUUACUCCUUUGACUAUAUAGAACAUAAUGGAACAAAUAUAUAGUGCCCAACACACAAGUAAAUAUUUAAAAGUAUGUUGAAUCUGACUUCUACAUUGGAUCUUCCCUGGAGCCAUCUCUCCGUUAUAAGAUUCAAGAAGGCAUUUCCUAUUCAUCUCUAGCAUUUUAUAACAGUGUUCUUUAUUUGAACUAUUAAAAAUUCAAAAAUUUAAAGCAUAUCAUGA